CUAGUUUAGGGUUCGUAUUACUUCUAAGUUAAUGGCUUUCGAUUUUCCUCAUACAGGCAUUAUAGAAUGAGUGAACGUGGGAAGUAACGCGCAUUUCGAGUCGCGAUAGUGAGUAUAAGAAUUGUUAGGCGUGAGGUUGUCAGGCAGUGUCAACCCAGCUCAUAGAAACAGCACGCAUACAUGCGUGAGUUGUUUCACGCACGAGCACAAGAAGCUGUCAGUUACGACUUUUGUCUUUGACAAGUCCACUGAGUUAGACUUCUACCGAGGUGAACAUAUUUACGUAUCGAACCUCAGAGUGCUCAAGGGGUUCAUCAAAGAGGAUGUCGAGAGCUUUACAGCUCUGCUGAACAUUCGAUCAAGGAGCGCUACUACAUACACAUAUCUGGUGGUAAAGAAGGAAAACGAGACCAGCUUGGCUUCAGAUGUCCUCACACCAAUGGCUAGGAGCUGUGCUGAUCAUGCAGGUCCUAUUAUGUACCUUUGUAUCAGCAGAGUCAACAGUGUCGUCAGAUACCAAACCAACGACACACGUCCAGGUGGCGUGUUAUGACAAAGGGCAAGUUUACAUAGAUGGUGAAACGUUUGCUUCAAACUCGACCAGUUUUCAACCACAAAAGCCUAAUCAGUGCAUACAAUGUGUUUGUCAGAACGGCAGGAUACUGUGCAGAUUGAAGACUUGUCCUGGUCACUCUUGCCAGAAUCCACUGUACAAUCGCAACGACUGCUGUCCAGUGUGUCCAGUCGUCCGCCCAGAGCAGCAAGAUAUAUCUGAGGAUAACCUUUUGGUAACUUUCCAGACUUCAGGAGGCGGGACAACUUGUAAUUCUGGUAGACUCAGUUAUCCUCAUGGCUCCACUUGGCAUCCUGUUAUUGGUCCACUAGGACAGAUGGAUUGUGUAAUUUGCAAAUGCCAGAUGGGGAAAAUUGAAUGUGGUCGUGUAACCUGUUCAUCAGAAGCACUCACGUGUGAUAAACCUCAGAAGGUCAUAGGUCAUUGCUGUCCGUUAUGUGUAAACAAAGACGACCAAGUUCCCCCAGUGGUCGGUUCUGUUCAGUCCGGUUUUUCUGUAGGAGAAAUGCCACAGAACAAAAAACUGUGCGUAUCUAAACGACGAAACUACAUAGUCUUCAAAAACCGUGCUUUCAUUGUUAAAAGUGGUUAUUAUCAGUUCGCUUUUCUGAAGUUAAAAGACAGAGGAAACAUUAGACUUUUGUCUUGGGCAACAAAGGAAGAUGAAAUGGGAGACUUUUCAGAACAACACUUGACACAAUCUGAAUUUUCCGAAGUACAGAAAACAUUCAAGUUCAAACUACUGGGAUCUACUAAGUCAAAAUUGGUUGAGAGGUUUAUUAAACGGUUUAAAAAGCUUGCAGAACGAUGCAAGAAAAGGUGUGACGGGAAGAUUCCCAGACUUGAAAAUGGACUGCGGCUUCAAAAGGUAGAGCAGAGCUCACAAUGUGUCGGCCAGAACAUCCCAUUCGAAAAGUAGUAGCUUAUUUAUUAUUUUCUUGUUAAAUAAUAAAAUUUUAGAAGAUGAAAAUAAAGAUUCUGAUUUUGAUACUUGUGAUCAUUUGUGAAAUUUUACGCUUAAACUAUUAGAUAUUUUCAUUGCAUUCCGUUAGUUUGAAUUUUGCCUUAUGCAUCUACAAGGUUUCAUUAAUUAUUAAACACCUAUAGUCUGUAUCCACCAAUCCGUGUUGCAUUGAUUAAUUAAUGAUAAUAAAAAACUAAACUUUAA